GGAAGUAGUAUUUUGUUAACAAAGUCUUGACUAUCGCAGUCCGAUUGAAACUUGUGGGACUGCUAACUACCGUGACGGGAAAAUGGCCGCUUACGACGAGGCGGUUAAAGCAAAGGUCUUGAAGCAGGUGGAGUUCUACUUCUCGGACAGCAACUUACCCAAAGACAAGUUCCUGAAGGAGAAGAUUGCGGAGGACCCCGAGGGAUAUGUCGCGAUCAAUGUUAUUGCCGCCUUUGGGCGCAUGCGUGACACCCUGAAGCUGACGGCCACCACCCCCGCGGAGGUGCCCGAGGCGACCGUUGCGGCGGUUGCGGACAUGCUGUCCGGCUCCUCUUCGCUGCAGCUGGACGAGAGCAAGACCAAGAUCAAGCGGAAGGAGCCCCUGGCUAACGAGGCGGAGAUUGCCCGUGCGGUGGAUGCUCGCAGCAUCUACGCGCGCCCCUUCCCCAUGGACGCCACGGUGGACGCUAUCACGGAGUUCUUCAGCGGGCACGCGCCCGUGAACUGCGUGCGCAUGCGGCGCCACAUGCGCUCCAAGAUGUUCAAGGGCUCUGUGUUUGUCGAGUUUGCCAGCCUGGAGGAUGCUGAGAAGGUCAUGGCCCAGUCCCUGGAGUUUGCGGGUGCGCCCAUCCGGAUGCUCAAGAAGAUGGAGUAUGUGGAGUCGAAGCGUCAGCAGCGCAAGAACCGGUCUGGGGGCUUCAAGAACGAUGGGGACUUGUCGGACGACAGCAACAUUGGCAACGGACUGCCGGACGGCGUGGGCGGGGUGGUGGACUGCGGCGCCGUGACGUCGUCCCACGGCCAAAGGCAGCAGCAGCAGCAAGCCAAGCGGGCGCCAAAGCGCAAGCAGGAGGAGGAGCCGGAGGAGGAGCGCGAGUACGAUGAGGGGGACCUGGGCGACGGGCCCAGCGCCAAGCGCACCAAGCCGGCUCCGAAGGAGACCGCGGAGGAUGGGGCAGCAGCCGGGGAGGCGGAGGGUGGGGAUGAGGAGAUGGGCGAGGGAGAGGAGGGCGGUGAUGCCGAGCAGGCUCAGCCGUAUUUCACUGCAGGGUGCCUCAUUGGCUUCACGCUUGAAGCUGAGCUGCCCGAGCUGACUGGCCCACGGGUCAUUUCGGACGUCUUUGGUGGACGCGACAAGGUUCGCUUCGUUGAGCUCAACGCGGACCGCAAGGGCGGCUACCUGCGCUUUGUGUCUCCCGAGUUCGCGGCGGCGGCGCUGUCGGACUUUGAGGCGCGCGGCGAGGAGGCGCGGACCAUUGCCGGCAUCAAGGGCACCAUGAAGAAGGUGGAGGGCGAGGAGGAGGCGAGCUACCACAAGCG